GAGCAGACAGACUCUGCUGUAUCAUGUCGUCUUAGUCGGGCUCCUCAGACAUUAUCCACUGCAGUGAACAUGUUGUUUCGGUAUAAAUCCAGCCGUUGUGCAUCUCUGAAGCUGGGCCUUUGGUUCGUGGCGAGUCUGGGAUGUUUGCUAGUCCGGUCCGGAGCAGAGGAGGACAGCAGCAGCCUGUGGUACCAGGACCUCUGCAGUUAUAAAUGGGAAGCUGUGGACCGAGAUAACAAUGUGAGCUACACGUUGAAGCUCUGCGAAUCUUCACCGUCAACCAGCUGCGGCCCCGGCACCGCCGUCUGCGCUAGCAGCCUCAAAACCAACACCAAACAGUCUGUUGGUGAGCUGUCCCUGCAGAGGCUCUCUGGCACAGUGCUGGAUUACAACAGCACAGAAAAAUGUCCAGAAAGCAACAACAGCAUACAAUCCAGCAUCAGCUUCCAGUGUGGGAAGACCAUGGGGACCCCGGAGUUUGUCGCUGUUUCUCAGUGUGUGCAUUACUUUGAGUGGAGGACCUACACCGCCUGUAAGAAAGAUAAAUUCAAGCCACACAAAGAGGUGCCCUGCUACGCGUUUGACUCGGACGGCAAAAAGCACGACCUGAACCCUCUGAUCAAACUGAGCGAUGGAUAUCUGGUGGACGACGGUGACGACAGCAUCGACUUCUACAUCAACAUCUGCCGCAGUCUCAACCAUCCAGACAAAUCCUGUCCAGAGGGCUCUGCAGCUUGUCUGGUCACCAGUGACGGCUCCUACAACAUGGGCUACCCCACCAAAGCGCUGGAGCUGGUGGACAGCGACAGUCUGAGGUUACAGUAUGAGCUGAGUGCUGAUUCGUCUCCUCCAGCCAUCUGUAAGGGUCACCAUCCUGCCGUCACCAUCACCUUCACCUGUCCAUCAAGCAGACAUUCGGGUAGCACUCCGAAGAUGACAGCAGAGCUGAACUGUCGUUAUGAGGUGGUGUGGGUGACUGAAUACGCCUGUCACAGAGACUACCUGGAGAGUCACACCUGCAAACUGACCAGCGAGCAGCACGACAUCUCCAUAGACCUGACGCCUCUCACCAUGAGCUCUACAGACCAUCCAUACUAUGCACAUUCUGAGUCCAGUGACGGGGCUGAAAGCUAUGUCUACUACCUGAACGUGUGUGGACAGAUCCACAACAAUGAAUGUGGAGACAACCCGUUCAUAUCGUCCUGCCAGGUGAAGAAGAACGGAGACGUGAAGAAGGUGGCGGGGAGACACGAGAACCAGACGUUACGUUACUCAGAUGGAGAUUUGACUCUGAUCUACCCAGACGGUGACAGAUGCUCCACCGGCUUCCAGAGAAUGACCAUCAUCAACUUUGAGUGCAACAAGAAUGCAUCCAACGGUGGCCGAGGGAAUCCGGUGUUUGCGGGCGAGACGGACUGCACUUAUUACUUUGAUUGGGAGACGGCCUUCGCCUGUGUCAAGGAGAAGGAGGAUCUGCUGUGUCGGGUCAGAGAUGGAAACAAACACUACGACCUUUCACCUCUAACAAGAUACCCCGGCUCAGAUGUCAGUGGGAACUGGGAGGUGGUGGACGCCAACUCUCCAAAGCCGGAUUCACGUUUCUACCUGAACGUCUGUCACAAAGUCGUCCAGACAGGAGGCGCCGCCGGCUGCCCGGUGAACGCCUCCAUCUGUGCCAUCGAUAAGGAUCGUGGGCCCAUCAGCCUGGGCAGCUUCCUCUCAUCUCCCCAGAAGACAAAAAUAGGGAAUGACAUCAGACUGGUGUACACUGAUGGAAGUUUUUGCCCCAAUAAAAAGAAGAGGAUCCAAACUAUCCUGACCCUAAAGUGUAAACCAGGAGAUCUCGAGAGUGCUCCUGUCCUUCGUACCGUUUCAUCUGAUGGAUGUGUGUAUGAGCUGGAGUGGUACACUGCUGCUGCCUGCGUCCUCUCGAAAACACAGGGAGACAACUGCAAAGUGGAGGACCCUCAGGCUGGGUUCUCUUUCAGCUUGUCAUCUCUCACCAAACACGACGGCUUCUACAACCUGACCAGUGGAAACUACGACUACUUCAUCAAUGUUUGUGGCCCCGUCAAAGCUGCCGACUGUCCUGAGAAGUCCGGAGCGUGCCAGGUCGAAAAGAGUUCCUGGAGUCUCGGGGAAGCAAACUCUCGCCUGUCUUACUACGACGGCCUGAUCCAGCUCACCUACAGUAAUGGCUCCCAGUACAACAACAAAGAACACACGCUCAGAUCCACUCACAUCUCCUUCCUCUGUGACCCAGAAGCUGGAGUUGGAAACCCAGAAUUCCAGGUUGAAGACAAUUAUACAUAUAACUUCCGCUGGUAUACAUCCUACGCAUGUCCUGAAAGGCCUCAUGAGUGUUUGGUGACAGAUCCCAAAAGUCUUGAGCAAUACGACUUAUCCAGCCUGUCUCGCUCCAGUAGCAACUGGCAGGCCAUGGAUUUGUCUGACACCAAGAACCUGAAGAAGUACUACAUCAACAUAUGCCGUCCCAUCAAAGCUGUGCCAGGCUGUGCCCGUGAUGCGUCCGUCUGCCAGAUGAAGUACAUAUCCCAGCAGGACUCUCUGAAGGAAGUCGUAUCAGUCAGUAACAUGGGUAUUUCCAAGCGAGGGCCGAUCAUUGAGAGCCGGGACCAGCUGCUGCUGGAGUUCACAGACGGCUCUGUCUGCAUUUCCGAAGGCCAGAAGCUCACGUACACAACGCGCAUCCACCUGGUCUGCUCCAGAGGAACUCUGGCCAUGGGCCCGCGGUUCCUCAUGUUCCAGAACUGCACUGCCAACUUCAUGUGGGAGACCAGGGCGGCCUGCGCCAUCAGCACCACCAAGAACGAUAGCUGUGCUGUUGUGGAUCCCAACACUGGCUUUGAGUUCAACCUUCAGCCUUUGGCUUCAAACACUGGAUACAAGACUCAAGGAAAUGGGAAGGACUUCCUGUUGAACAUCUGCUCAGAUGCGGCCGCGUGUGGACAGGGCAUGGCUGGCUGUGAGCUGGAAGAUGGGCAUCCCUCCAGCCCGGUGGGGGUGGAGAAGACCCUGCAGUACUCCACCGAUGGCCUGCUCAAACUAACGUACAAAGGACCCCUGGACGAUCCCACAGCCACUCGCGACACCUUCACCAUUAACUUUGUAUGUGAUCCAAACUCUCACCCUGGAUCAUUGAAACUACUGCGAGAGGACAUGAGCUCUCUGCCGAACCGUGUGGUCCACGACGUCCUCUUUGAGUUCUCCACCGCUCUGGCCUGCAUCCCCGCUCCAGUGGACUGCGAGUUUAGUGACACCCAUGGUAACAAGUACGACCUGAGUCACCUCAUCCGGAAUGGAGAGGACAGCCCCUGGAUCGCCAUAGAUACAGAUACGGUUAAAUCACGUCGCUUUUACAUCAAUGUCUGCAAACCUCUCCCCCCCGUGGACGGCUGCCCAGUGGGUCCUUUGGGUGCUUGUGGUCUGAUUGAUGGGAAAAAUUACAACCUGGGAUACGUGCAGUCCACGCCGCAGGUAGCCGAGAGCGGCUCCAUCAGCAUCACGUACCAGAACGGGGAUCUGUGUGGACCCAUAUCCCGCUACUCAACACGCAUCAUCUUAGAGUGUGAUGACAAUCCGGGCUCCCCGAUGUUUGACCGUAAAGAUGCCUGUGAAUAUGUGUUCAUCUGGAGGACAUCUGAGGCCUGCCCUAUCAGGAAGUCUCAAGGUGACGAAUGCCGGGUUCGUGACCCACAGAGUGGCUACGAGUUCAACCUGAGCUCUCUGAAGGGAAGAGAUUACCCCGUCCCGAGUGGUAAAUACACCUACCACCUGUCGAUCUGCGAGGGGCUCAAGAGAGGCGUCUGCACCCACAAAGACACGGGCAGCGACUUGGUCUCCUCCUGCCAGGCUGAUGGAGACAACCACAAGAUUGCAGGAAUGGCCAACCAGGUCCUGAGCUACGUGGGAGACCAGCUCAUCCUGAACUACACCAACGGAGAGACCUGUCACAAGAUAUACCAAAGAUCAACAGAGAUUUACUUCUCCUGCCACCCAGACAAGCAUCCUGGAGAACCAGCGUUCAUCAAGGAGACUUCAGACUGCACCUACCUGUUCAACUGGCCCACCGCUCUGGCCUGCGUCCCAGUCAAAACCACCAGCUGCUCCUACAAUGAUGGUCAGGGCCACUCGUACGACCUCUCCUCUCUGGCUAUGGACUCUCAGAACUGGGAGGUGGAGACCUCCGCUGUGGACACGAAGAAACGAUUCUACAUCAAUGUCUGCAGGUCGCUGGUGCAGCAGGGAGGUUCAUGGAAGUGUCCCUCCAGUGCAGCGUCCUGUGUCAAGGUCGGAGAUGAAUAUGUGAGUCUGGGGCAGGUGGACUCUGGCCCCACGUGGGAUGGAAAUAUCCUGGUGCUGCAGUACACCAGUGGCGAGGCCUGCCCCGACGGACGCCGCACCAGGAGCAGCAUCAUCCGCUUCAAGUGUGACAAAGACAGAGUGGACUCCCGGCCCACUCUGAUCUCUGCCCUCGAGGAGUGUGUCUACACCUUCCUGUGGUUGACAGCUGCUGCCUGCCCUCUAAACAGCACUCAGCAUGACAACUGCAGGGUCACCAACCCAGCUACAGGUCAUUUGUUUGACCUGAACGCCCUGACGAAGGAAGGUGGUUACACCGUCGCCGAUCAUCAGGACCAGAGGAAGACGUUCCACAUGAACAUCUGCGGAAACGUGGCCAACACCGGAUGCGGCCCUGAUACCGCUGUGUGCAUUGAGGAUGCCACCACAGCGGUGAGCGGUGGUCAGGUGAGCAGGAAACUCUCAUACAAGGAUCAUGUUGUGGAGCUGAUGUAUGAAGGAGGAAAUCCCUGCCCGGCGAACCCCAGCCUCAAACACAGCACCAUCAUCCAGUUUAUCUGCAGGCCAUCUAACAUGGGCUCAGCCCCCGCAGAGCCAGUCCUCAUCGACUCCGAAACUGAAACCUGCACACACUUCUUCUCCUUCCACACACACCUGGUCUGUGAACAGCCUGUAAAAUGCUCAGUGGAAAACGGCUCCUCUCUUAUAGACCUGACUCCUCUGAUUCAUGUCAAUGGGUACUACACAGCAACAGACGAAGCAGUAGACCAAAGUGAUGGAUCUUCAGACUUCUACAUCAACAUCUGUCUGCCCCUGAACCCCAUCCCUGGGGUCAACUGCCCCCCUGGAGCUGCUGUCUGUAUGGAUCCUGAUAGUGGACCACCAGUGGAUAUUGGACGGACGACCAGCGGCCCUGAGAUCGACAGCGCAACAGGAGAGGUGUCCAUCACUUAUUACAGCUCCACCAAGUGUGCAGAGGACCCUGCACAGAACUACUCCUCCACCAUUAUCUUCACCUGCCAGAGAGGCCUGGAGCUGGGCUCUCCACGAAUGGUGAGGCUGGAAUGUAUCUAUUUGUUUGAGUGGGCGACUCCUGUAGUCUGUUCAGAUGACACCCACAUCAGCGGCUGCCAGCUCACUGACACCCAGCUCCAGUUCACCUUUGACCUUUCACCACUUAAAAGUGAAGUCCAGGUACCAGGACCGUCCAGCAUGUACCACAUCAGCGUGUGCGGCUCAGUGUCGGAGCCGGCCUGUAAGAAGAGUGCAGUUUGCCGGGUGUCUGGUUCCGGUGCAGACAAGUCGGCUUCGUCAUUUGGCAUCUCCAAGUUCAUGACUAUGAACUACAGACAUGAAGAGCAGGCCGUACUGAUGCAGUAUGGUGAGGGAGAUCCCUGCCCACCAGCCUCUGGUAAACGUCAGUCCUCCAUAUUGUUCACCUGCGACCAGUCUGCGGGCAGCGGCUCUCCACAGCUGCUCUCAGAGACGGCAGGUUGUUCGGCCACUUUCCAGUGGAAGACCAGUGCCGUUUGCCCCCCAAGGAAGAUGGAGUGUAAGCUGGUCAGCCAGCAUCAGACUUUCGACCUUCGAGCGCUGUCCUCCCUCACCGAGCCAUGGAAGUUUAGCCACAGCGGAGAUUCGUAUUUCAUCAACCUGUGUCAGGGUAUCCACGGCGGACUGCCAGGUUGUCCAGAGGGAGCAACUGUGUGUCAACACUCAGCAGCAGGACAGACUCACACCCUGGGCCGAGUUUACACCCAGAAAAUGAGCUUGACUGAUGGAAAGAUCUCCGUCAGUUAUUCAGCCGGAGAUGACGUCUGCGGUAACGGAGUGAAGGCGAAGACUGUGAUCCAGCUGAGCUGUGGCUCCACUGUUGGACACCCAGCGCUCAUCAGUGUUGAUAAGGCAUCGUGCGAGUUUGUGAUUGGGUGGGAGACUCGGUCGGCGUGCGCGGUGAAGCAGCGUGAGGUGGAGAUGGUGAAUGGGACGAUACAGGUUCCUGACACUGGGGCCAGACUCAGCCUGGGAGCGCUCUACUUCAGCCACCAUCAGGCAUCUGGAGACAUCCGUCCCAACGGCGACCGCUAUAUCUACCACAUCCAGUUGUCUGGCAUCACCAACAACUCCUUGUCCAGCUGUAUUGGUGCCAACAUCUGCCAGGUGAAGCUCAACGGUCCGUACAGACGCAGGAUCGGCUCCUCCAGCAAAGCCAAGUACUACAUUAAAGGAGGAAACCUGGAUGUGAUGGUGCCCUCUGAGUCUGAGUGUGGCCGGGAGAAAACCAAAAUGGUGUCAUCCACCAUCAUGUUCCACUGCAACCCCUUGGCAGGCGUCGGCAUCCCUGAGUUCAUGCUGGAGACGGAUGAAUGCCAGUAUCUGUUUGUGUGGCACACGAACGCCGUGUGUGGUCUGACAGCUGUUGAUGCGCGGUCAUACGACGACGACGGCAGCGACACUCCAGCUCUUUCCAGGCGGAGCCAGGCGAUGGGGGUGGUGCUGAGCCUCCUGAUGGUGGGUCUGUCUGUCUGUCUGCUGGGGCUUUUGCUCCACAAGAGAGAGAGAAGGGAGCUCGUGAUCCAGAAGGUCGCUGGCUGCUGCAGGAGAGGAAACCAAGUCUCCUAUAAAUAUGCCAAGGUCAACAUGGAUGACGAAGGGGGCGAGGAGGAGAUGGAGUGGCUGAUGGAAGAGCUCGAAGCCCCUCCCACGUCCUCCUCCUCAUCGUCUCACCGGGGCAGGAGUAACCAUGGCAACGGUCACAUCAGGACCAAGCCGGUGAACACAGACGGUCUGCGCUCGUUCACGCUGGACGACCAGGACGACGACAGCGAGGAUGAGGUGCUGAGCGUCCCGGGGGUGCAGGUGGUCAAGUCGUCCGGACUGUCGAGGCACUCCGUUGCUCAUCGCAGCGCCUUCCUACAGGAGGAGAGUGACGAGGACCUGGUCGGCCUCCUGGACGACUCGGACCGGAAGCGGAAGAGCAGCAAACCUCGCUCCUCAGCCUUUAACCUCGGUAACAACACGGCAGCCAACAGGAAACGGGACGAGGAUGACAGUGACGAGGACCUCCUUAGGGUGUGAUGUCACUUCCUCCCUCUCACUACCCACCUCCCAUCCUAUCUGAACUCUUUUUCUCUCAGUGAAUGUCUCCAUAAUAGCAACAACAACAACAGUGAAAUACCAACAACACAAUGAAAGCAGAAACCUUUCCUCUUUUUUUGGGAUUUUUUUUGUUUUUUUGUUUUGGGACUGCACCUUUACUCGGCCUACUCAGACUCUAUCCAGUCCACUGUCUACAGACUGUCGAUGUUAGCACAUGGUGGUAUCUUAUUUAUUGAUAGCUGAUUAUUUAAAGUGUUCUUCAGGCCAUUUUUUGACCUGCACCCUAUUUUUCUCAUAUUUUCUUCUUUAAUUCUGAACUGAAAUAAUUUGCUUCACUAUAGCUACUUCAGUUACGCCACAUUUAUCUAAUCAACAUCCGACAGGCCAGUUGAGACUUUAGGAAUGAACCCUGACGUAUUGACUCUGCAACGAGACGUGUCAGUGAAAAAGAUGUAAAUGAAAAUGAUAUCCAUCUUUUCCUCUAGUGUUUGGAAAUGAAGCUGUGCCAUUGCUUUAGCACUUUAUUGUAGCACUGAUUAGCUGAAAAUGACACGUUUCAUUGCAGAAGGCGACAGCUACUUUUGGGGUCGUUCUUUUUAUUAUUAUGUCCAUCGGCCUGGACGUUAAAGGACAGUAUUAGAAAACUGUGGUGAAGUGUACAGUUGAAUAGUGGAACAAUGAAGCAGGUUUUGGGAGAAAAACAAUAGCUAUCAAAGGAAGCUCUCAGCUCCCAGGACGUAGGCAGAGAAGGUGUCGGCUUGUGUUGUUUCUAAAGGGAAUGAAGACACCCGUUUGUCUUUUCUUGCUGUUUACAGUUGCUAUAAUAGCAGAUCUUUUCUCUUUCUUUCCCCUCGAAAAGAAAAGAAAGCACGAUGCCUUCCUGAUGAUGAAUUUACUUUGCAUUUUCAUCAAUGAAUCAUGUCCGGCGACAGAUUGAUUUUUUUUUUUUGUCUUGUGUUGAUCAGAGACAUUGUACAUAGAUGAUAAUGUUCUAUAAUAUGGAUGUUUUUGUUUGUUUGUUUGUUGUCUUCACUGGUGAACUGCUCACACGUUUGUUUUCAAGAUUAUUUAAAUGGUUGUCUGAGCUGAUUAUCUGUAUGUCUCUGUGUUUUGUGUGGAAAUAGAGAUGGCCUUAUGUGUGAAUGGACGGUGGACGGAGGCGAAGAGUGAAGCUUGAGAUGUUAGUUUAGGUUGUGUUGGUUUUGAAGCACCCCACCC